CGUUCAUAGACAGCAGCGGAGCUCGCGCAGAAGAAAUCAGUAUGGUUGUUUGGAAACCGCAGUAAACGUUGGUCUUCUUCAGUAGCUAUUACAACAUCCACACACAGGUUUUCCUUUGUAAAUACGAAGAUAAACCCACAAGGCUCUGCAGCAGUAGACCUUUAAACGACUCAGUUUUUGUUGUUGGUCAUUGUGUAGUUGAUCAUGAACGUGGCUAAAAGUGGUUAUCGUGUUUUCUCGGCUAACUCUACGCCCGCCUGCAUUGAGCUCUCUAAGAGGAUUACUGAGCGUCUUGGAGUCGAGCUGGGGAAAUCAGUUGUUUACCAGGAGUCAAACAGAGAAACAAGAGUUGAGAUCAAAGAGUCUGUGAGAGGACAAACAAUCUUCAUCAUCCAAACCAUUCCCAGAGAUGUCAACACUGCUAUUAUGGAGCUGCUGAUUAUGGCCUACGCACUGAAGACGUCCUGUGCCAAGAACAUCAUCGGCGUGAUCCCGUACUUCCCCUACAGUAAACAGUGUAAGAUGAGGAAGAGAGGGUCUAUUGUGUGCAAACUGCUCGCUUCCAUGUUAGCUAAAGCAGGGCUGACUCAUAUAAUCACAAUGGAUCUGCACCAGAAAGAGAUCCAAGGCUUCUUUACAUUCCCUGUGGACAACCUGCGGGCUUCUCCAUUCCUGCUGCAGUACAUUCAGGAGGAGGUUCCUGAUUAUAGAAAUGCUAUCAUUGUAGCCAAGUCCCCAUCUGCUGCAAAACGGGCUCAGUCGUAUGCGGAGCGUUUGCGUCUCGGUCUGGCCGUCAUGCACGGAGAAGCUCAGUGUUCGGAGUCAGACAUGGCAGACGGGCGGCAUUCUCCUCCAUGUGUCCGCAACACCUUUGGACACUCCGGCUUGGAGUUGCCAUGCAAACAACAAGUUCCGUUCCCAGGCAUAGAGCUCCCAAGUAUGACGGUUAACUCUAUUUGCUACCGAUCACAACAGUGAACACGCUGAAAUGUU